AUCCUAAGUCUCACAGUUCAAGCUAAUCAUUGACAGAGCUUUACAAUCACAAGCUGUUACUGAAGCGAUGAUAAGACAGGCGAGCAGUUAGUACCAAAUGAAGCCAGGCUGUGCGGCUGGAUCUCCAGGGAAUGAAUGGAUUUUCCUCAGCACGGAUGAAAGAAACACACACUAUAGGAAAACAAUGUGCAACCGCGGGCUGCAAAGAUCUGUCAUCCUGUCGGCAUUUAUUCUCCUGAGAGCUGUUACUGGAUUCACUGGAGACGGAAGAGCUAUAUGGUCUAAAACUCCUCAUUUUAGUCCGGUAAAUGAAAGUCAGCUGUUUCUCUAUGACACUUUUCCUAAAAACUUUUUCUGGGGCGUUGGGACUGGAGCAUUUCAAGUGGAAGGGAAUUGGAAGACAGAUGGAAAAGGACCCUCUAUCUGGGAUCAUUUCAUCCAAACACACCUUCAAAAUGUCAACAGCAUGAAUAGUUCCAGUGACAGUUACAUUUUUCUGGAAAAAGACUUAUCAGCCCUGGAUUUUAUCGGAGUUUCUUUUUAUCAAUUCUCAAUUUCCUGGCCAAGGCUUUUCCCCGAUGGGAUAGCAGCAGUUGCCAACGCAAAAGGUCUGCAGUACUACAAUACUCUUCUCGAUGCUUUAGUACUUAGAAACAUUGAACCUGUGGUGACUUUAUACCAUUGGGAUUUGCCUCUGGCGCUACAAGAAAAAUAUGGGGGGUGGAAAAAUGAAACCAUAACAGAUAUCUUCAAUGACUAUGCCACCUACUGUUUCCAGAUGUUUGGGGACCGUGUCAAAUAUUGGAUUACAAUUCACAAUCCAUAUCUAGUUGCUUGGCAUGGGUAUGGGACAGGUAUGCACGCGCCUGGAGAGAGGGGAAACUUAGCAGCUGUCUACACUGUGGGACACAACCUAAUCAAGGCUCAUUCGAAAGUUUGGCAUAACUACAACACAAAUUUCCGCCCACAUCAGAAGGGUUUGGUGUCAAUCACAUUGGGAUCCCAUUGGAUUGAGCCAAACAGAUCAGAAAACAUGAUGGAUAUACUCAAGUGUCAACAAUCCAUGGUUUCUGUGCUUGGGUGGUUUGCCAACCCUAUCCACGGGGAUGGAGACUAUCCAGAGGUGAUGAAAAAGAAGUUGCUCUCCAUUCUACCCCUUUUCUCUGAAGCAGAGAAGAAGGACGUGAGGGGCACUGCUGACUUCUUUGCCUUUUCCUUUGGACCCAACAAUUUCAAGCCCCAGAAUACCAUGGCUAAAAUGGGACAAAAUGUGUCACUCAGCUUAAGAGAAGUGCUGAAUUGGAUUAAGCUGGAAUAUGACAACCCCCGGAUCUUGAUUGCUGAGAAUGGCUGGUUCACAGACAGUCAUGUGAAAACAGAAGAUACCACAGCCAUCUACAUGAUGAAGAAUUUCCUCAUCCAGGUUCUUCAAGCUAUAAGGCUGGAUGGAAUACAAGUGUUUGGCUACACUGCCUGGUCCCUCCUGGAUGGCUUUGAAUGGCAGGAUGCUUACACCACUCGCCGAGGAUUAUUUUACGUGGAUUUGAAUAGUAAGCAAAAAGAAAGAAAGCCCAAGUCUUCGGCACAUUACUAUAAACAGAUCAUCCAGGAAAAUGGUUUUACUUUCAAAGAGUCCACCCCGGAUGUGCAGGGUCAGUUUCCCUGCGACUUCUCAUGGGGCGUCACCGAGUCUGUCCUUAAGCCCAAGGUGGUGGCUUCCUCCCCACAGUUCAGCGACCCUCACCUGUACGUGUGGAAUGUGACAGGCAACAGAUUGCUGCGCCGAGUGGAAGGGGUGAGGCUGAAAACACGGCCCGCUCAAUGCACGGACUUUGUCAGCAUCAAGAGACAACUGGAGAUGUUGGCAAGACUGAAAGUCACUCACUACAGGUUUGCUCUGGACUGGCCCUCAGUCCUCCCCACCGGCAACCUGUCCGUGGUUAACCGACAAGCUCUGAGGUACUACAGGUGUGUGGUCAGUGAGGGGCUAAAGCUCAACAUCUCCCCAAUGGUCACCUUGUACUAUCCGACCCACGCCCACCUGGGCCUCCCCACGCCCCUGCUGCACGGCGGGGGAUGGCUGAACCCAUCCACAGCCCAGGCCUUCCAGGACUACGCUGGGCUGUGCUUCCAGGAGCUGGGGGACCUGGUGAAGCUCUGGAUCACCAUCAAUGAGCCCAACCGGCUGAGUGACAUCUACAGCCACGCUGGUAACGACACCUACCGGGCAGCGCACAACCUGCUGAUCGCCCACGCGCUGGUCUGGCACCUCUACGACAGGCAGUUCAGGCCUGUGCAGCGCGGGGCCGUGUCGCUGUCUUUGCACUCGGAUUGGGCCGAACCCGCCAACCCCUACGCCGACUCGCACUGGCAGGCGGCCGAGCGCUUCCUCCAGUUCGAAAUCGCCUGGUUCGCAGAGCCCCUCUUCAAGACCGGGGACUACCCGUUGGCCAUGAGGGAGUACAUCGCGCUCAAGAACAGGCAGGGGCUCUCGCGCUCCACCCUGCCUCGGUUCACCGAGGAGGAGAGGAGGCUGGUCAAGGGCGCGGCCGACUUCUACGCGCUGAACCACUUCACCACCCGGUUCGUGAUGCACGCGCGCCAGAACGGCAGCCGCUACGACGCCGACAGGGACGUCCAGUUCCUGCAGGACAUCACCUGCCUGAGCUCCCCCAGCCGCCUGGCUGUCCUGCCUUGGGGGGAGCGCAAGGUGCUGAGGUGGAUCCAGAAGAACUAUGGAGACGUGGAUGUUUACAUCACGGCCAGUGGCAUCGAUGACCAGUCUCUGGAAAAUGAUGAACUCAGAAAAUACUACUUAGAGAAGUACAUUCAGGAGGCUUUGAAAGCACACCUAAUUGAUAAAGUCAAAAUCAAAGGCUAUUAUGCAUUCAAACUGACUGAAGAAAAAUCUAAACCCAGAUUUGGAUUCUUCACAUCUGAAUUCAAAGCUAAAUCCUCAGUUCAGCUUUACAACAAACUGAUCAGCAACAGCGGCUUCCCUUCUGAGAACACGAGUCCUAGGUGCAGUCAGACUCAAAGAAACACAGAGUGCACGGUCUGCUUAUUUCUUGUGCAAAAGAAACCAUUGAUAUUCUUUGGUUGUUGCUUCUUCUCCACCCUGGUUCUACUUUUAUCAAUUACCAUUUUUCAUAAGCGAAAGAGAAGAAAAAUUUGGAAAGCAAAGAACUUACAACACAUACCAUUAAAGUAAGGCCACAGAAAGUUCUUAGUGAAACUGAUCCUAUUUCUGUCUGCAUGAUAGAAAGUCUAAAAAUUCACUCCAGGUCCAUAUACUGGUAACUUAUAGAAGACAAUUUGAAAUACUAGUGGUAACCAAGGUGAUGACAAUCAAGGUCUCUCCUGUGUAGCCCAAAUGAAUUUUCCGUUAGGUAUUCACAUCACUGAAUUCAGUUCUUGGAUCAUCUGAAGAUAAAGGCUUUACCUAGACAGUAAACUAUGAGUAUUAUCUGAUACACUGCUUCAAGUUUAAUGAACUGUUACCCAUCAUUCUUCUCUUUCUUCUAUAAAUACCAAUAGCUACUUAUAACAAAUUACUUAGAAAAAAAGUGCGACUUUUGCUAGACUCCACAGCAGAAAUUUAAAACUCUUAACACUGGAUAGUGAUUAUUCUGUCACUUCUAACAAGAUGCUUUUCCCCUUUAGAAAAUACAUAAGUAAUGCUUGUUUAUCAUCAGCUCCAGCAUAGACUCUUAAGCACAUAGAUCCUAGUUUUUCUCAGUAGAAAUAAAAACCAUCACUUAUAAAACAUGGUAUUUUGUGAGGUCCCUCCUUGUAUCAGAUCUGAUUUAAAAACAGAACUUCCAUAACUCGACUCAUGGAAAGAUCACAGGACUGAUUAAGAAGAGCUAGACCCAACUGCCUGUGGAGACAGCAGUCACUCAGCCUCACAGUACAGCAAAUU